AUGCCUACCACAUUUGUACGGAAAAAUACAUUUGUGCUUGAACUAGAUCAAUAUGGCGACGAAGCUCUGGAGCUUGAUUUUACCACAAGCUUCAGACAUCGUAUCCGACAUCUUGUGGUAGUUGCUGCCCAGGGCGGGCCCUCCUACAAGACCAGUAUACCAAAUAACAGGGCUUGGCUUGAGCUUCCCGAAGGGCUUAAAACCCUGGACAUUAUUCUCGAACAGCCAACUGUGAGCCCAAGACCCGAAAGCGAUAUGGAUCUAGCCCAGGAACUGUCUAUCUGGCACUCAUGGCUGUUUCCAUAUCUCCAAGCUAUCGCCAACUAUGUGCCAUUGACCACAGUCAUCAAACUAGACUGCGACGGAGCAAGGGAGACAUUGGAGUUGUUCAAGGAUCAUCUACAUGCAAGAUUCACAGAGUAG